AUCAUCCUCAUUUUAAAGAGAAAACCAAGGCUCUGAGAUUAAACUCAGGUUUUCUGAUUGCAAGGACAAUGCUCAUCCCUACGAUAUCAUCUUAUCCCCUCCAAUGAGGCUGCAUCUACAUCAGGUUUUAACUUACCCUGAGCGAUGAUGGCAGAUGUGCUUCACAGGGGUCUGUCUGUCUCUGACUCUUAAGACAACCUGUCCCUUUUUCCUAAGUCCCUCCUUUUGCUCCACCCACUCCCCCUAGCCCUGCCCCCGCAGCCCUGGACACGACAGGCAUACACAGGCCAGAGCCUGACUGAGAAGAGAGCCUUUUUCUAGUCGGGGCCAUGGCCAGCUCUGCCUUUCCCCCAGGGUUACCGCCUCGGGGUCCUUAUUACAUCCCAGGGUACACUGGACACUGCCCACAACUUGGAUUCGGCCUGGGUAAGACCUAUGGACAACUGACUGGACAGCUGCUGCUGUCUGGUCCCUCUGGCCUAGCCUGGCCCCCUGCCCAGCGCAUGCUUCUGCCCCCGAUCAAUACUCCUGGACCUCCUAGGGCAGACCAGCAAUCCUGGCAUGGACAUGAGAGGAUUAAGUCCAACAUGAUUCCGGGGUACACAGGCUUUGUGCCCCGCUCUCAGCACAUCUUUGCCAAGAGAUGCACCCAAGUCUGGACUGAAGCUUUGAGGGACUUCACUAGCCGUCUAGGGACAGGGUAUAAAGAGCUGCCAGAGGCUGAGAAGAAGGAGUUGGAGUCUAAGACAGAGGAUGAGGAGUCUGAGCCAGAAAAGCACCUGCAACUGGAACUGGAGCCAGGGCAAAAACCUAAAGCCUCCCCCUAUUCCAUGGAUGACCAAGAUCCUGACAAGUUCUUCAUCUCAGGGUUUACUGGCUACGUGCCCCGAGCCCGUUUCCACUUCGGCUCUAGUUUCCCUAUCCUCACCAAUCAGGCUCUGCAGGAAUUUGGGCAGAUGUGCCCAGGGGCCAGGGGCCAGAGGGACCAGAGGGACCAAAGGGACCAGAAGCCUCUUCCCAGCCUUUCCAGGACCUACUUACAGCAUUUAGGCAUGGUGCCCUCCUACAGGGGUUAUGUGCCAGCCUCCCUUGGCUCCACAGGCUAUAAGUUCCAGUUUGGCCACACCUAUGGGACUCUCACCCAUGAUGCUCUGGGCCUCAGAAACUUCCAGAAGCAGCUCCAAUCCUACUUUCCCCAACGUCAGGCAUACUGCUGAAGGGG